UAGAGCUGCUGGAUCUGAGCUGGAGAAUGUGGGAAUACUGCUGAACUGACAUAGCUCAUGAUUCUGGACCUGGACUGGACACUAUGCUGGCUGGAUAACAGACUCUUACCAUAGGCACACAGGACUGAAGAAUGAUGGCCGCUGGGAAAUUUGCCAGUUACCACAGAAACGUGCAAACGAACCAUCCUUUCCCACUGGCAUCGUCAAUGGAUCUUCUAAGCAGCAAAUCCCCCCUUGCUGAGCGGCGGGCUGAUUCGUUUCAGGAUGUAUGUAUCCAUGGCACAUUACCACGUAAAAAGAAGGACAGGACUCCCAUUAGAUCCAGUGACAUGUUCAGCCACAUGGGAACCUUGCCACACUCCAAGUCUCACAGGCUUCCAACUUCUAAAAUGCAGGAUAUAAUAGAGGAAUAUUCAUUUCAGGACAGGAGAACAGCAAUGUAUCGCAUCAGGGACUAUAAAUCUCCAGAUUCUGCAAUGGAAUAUGUCAAGUUCUCUAAGGAUCGAUAUAUUAUGGAUGGAGGGACACCUGACAAAUUAAAGAAGGAGCUGGAGGAGGAGCUGAAGCUGAGCAGCGAAGAUUUACGCAGUCAUGCCUGGUACCACGGCAGGAUUCCUCGCCAGGUGUCGGAGAGCCUGGUGAGAAGAGAUGGAGAUUUUCUGAUCAGGGAUUCAUUGUCCAGCCCUGGAAACUUUGUGCUCACCUGUCAGUGGAAAAACCUCUCCCAGCAUUUCAAGAUAAAUAAAGUAAUCAUCAGACUCAAUGAAGCUUACAGUCGGAUUCAAUACCAGUUUGAACUUGAGAGCUUUGACAGUGUCCCAGCAUUGGUGAGAUGCUACGUGGGGAAUCGCAAGCCAGUGUCGCAGCAGAGCGGAGCCAUCAUUUUUCAGCCGAUCAACAGGACUGUGCCGCUAAGGUGUAUAGAGGAAAAGUAUGGGGUCUCCCCAGCUAGACGUUUGGAAAUGGGAGCACUGGAAGAAAAAGCAGAAACCCCUAAAAGACUGAGUCUCAAUAUAGGCCAUGGCCUGACACCAGAGCAAAGCCUUAUCCGGGGAAAUCUGCUAAGAAACAAGGAGAAAAGCGGCAGCCAUCCAUCUUGCUUAGAUAACAUGCGAGAAAAGAGACGGCCACUCAACUCGCAUCAAUCAGAAAGCUACCUACCACUAGGUAACAGACAGCAAUACUUGUCACCAGGAAUGGAUGGAAGGUUAACGCCGAGACCGAACGUCUUCAGAACUGGAAGUGAACCCACUCUAAGCCCGACGGAAAUCCGGAGGUUCAGCUCCGAGGCUCACUCUGCAGAAGCAUUGAGGGGAUCAGACAGUCAACUCUGCCCUAGAGCCCCUCCAAAGCCAAGCAAGUCGCUGUAUGUGAAGCAGCCACAGUCUCCUACAAUAUGGCAGAACUCAGAAGCAAACUAUUGUGAACUGCAACCUACACCUCUAGAGGACUUUGUGUGGGCAAAGACCCAUUCCUCACACAGCAGUAUGAUAGAAAGUCAGAAAGCAGAUGAAGAGGAAUCCCUCUCUCUUAGUAACUCAGAACUGAGCUUCCACACGUUGGAGGACAGUAUAUCUCAAUGCUCUCAAACAGAACCCAAUGAGAAGGGGGGUGACGUAGAGUUUGUUAGGCCAGUAUAUGAGAAUGUAUCCUCGUUUAAUCUUAAAGACUUUGAAUCUAUUUUACUACCCCCUGAAAACAAACCCUUGGAAACAGCCUUACUGAAACGGGCCAAGGAACUUUUUACAAACAAUGACCCAAGGACUAUUGCCAAGCACAUCCUCAGAAUGGACUGUAAGGUCGCUAGGAUACUUGAUGUCUCGUCAGAGAUGGAAAAGAUGAUGGGAGUGAGCAGCGGCCUGGAACUAAUGACCCUACCGCAUGGGCACCAACUGCGCUUGGACCUAAUCGAAAGGCAUACAACCAUGGCCAUAGGGAUUGCAGUGGACAUUUUGGGAUGUACGGGUAAUUUAGAUGAAAGGGUUGCAACACUGAACAAGAUCAUCCAACUUGCAGUAGAAGUGAAGGAUUUGGGAGACUUCUUUGCCUUUACUUCCAUCAUGAAAGCACUGGACAUGCCUCAGAUUACAAGGCUGGAACGUACCUGGACAUUACUGAGGCAUCAAUAUACACAGACGGCAAUCACUUAUGAAAAACAGCUGAAGCCCUUUAGCAAAGCUAUGUAUGAAGGAGCAGGUACGAUACUCAACACACAAGAAAAUUUCACAGUCCCCCUCGUGGUGCCUGUAAUACUGUUGUUGGAGCGUCAGUCUGUCAUAUUUGAAGGAAUGGACUGGUGGGAGAACCAUGACCGAGGAUGUGAAAUAAUCUUCGACCAUUUGGAAUCUGCACGAAUUAUUGCCCAGAAUGCAGCUUUGUAUCAAAGCAAUGCAGAGCGGCUCUUGGAAGGAUUUACACCAGAUGAAGAGAUGAGUGAAAUCUUGAAGACUGAAUUCCAAAUGAGACUCCUAUGGGGGAGCAAAGGAGCCCAAGUCAACCAGGCUGAAAGAUACCACAAAUUCAGCCAGAUCUUAACAGCCUUGUCCCGAAAACUAGAGCCCUUAGCUUCUUGAAGCAAACCUGCCUCCGAUGUGUGCUGUAUAAUAGAGACUGAUUCCAGAUUUUAGCUGUUUUUGUGAACAGCUUGCUGUAUAUGUACAAUGUAUAUUUUGCCUUUGUUUUUAAAAAACCUAUAACAGCAAAUUAUUUAUUUAAUAUUACUAUGAAUUUGAUCUCCGCUACUAACUGUGUAGUAGCAUAAUGGACAGGCCUCGUUCAUAAACCUGUUCUACUAAAGUGUCGUUACUGGCCAUAGCAGUCUGCUUCCAGCUGUUAUUUUUCUCAAGCGGGUUUGAGAAAUGAAAGCUGUGGGAAAUAGUGACUUUUUUUUAACCUGGCUUAUUUUAUGCAUUAGGCCCAAAAUCAUGGCUAAAUUACCGUAGACUGCUGUUCUGUAAGUAUAACAGAUAUAAACCAAGUCCUUAGUGAAUAAUGUAUUUACCAAGAAGAAACAAUCUGUGCACGUGAACAAACGCCCCUGGAAAAGUAAACAGUUACUGAAG